CAUCCUCCAUGCUCUGUGUAGUGACAGGAUUUGUGUCGGUGCAGAUCGGCUGUGUUUGCGGCUGACGUGAGGAGUUCCCGGCUGAAGCUCCUGCGCACACACACACGCACACACAUAUAUUUUCUGAUCCUCAGAGGUUCCCCGCAAUCUGCCAGAUUAAACCAGCCUGCGGUUCUCCGGAUGAGACGGGACCACCUUUUGGGCUCCUGCGUCCUCCUGUGAGAGACGUCGGGAGCCUCGGCAUCAGCUCCUCCGUCCUCUUAUGUAUCCACAUGAACCCCCGAAUGAGCGCAGUUUCUCCUCAUAAAUGACCGAGCUCCGACCUUCCACCUGCUGCGGAGAAAUUUCCGACAUUUAACCAGAAACCGCAAGACACGGAGACUACCUGUUAGCUUCUCCCACCCCCUCCGCCUUCUUCUGCUCCUCCGGGCUCUGCUCUGCGCUUUUCCGUGCCCUCGGUGAGAGAGCAGAGGCUGGGAUUUAGGCUGCACACCUACUGACCUACUUCGCGCAAGUUGGGAGUCCGACCAGUGCGGUCUGGCAAAACUGUGCCCUCCACAGCAGCACCACCAGCAGCAGCAGAAGAUGACGGGUGAUGUGGAAACAGUGGUGACCCCGUGGCGAGACCUUCAGUAAAUAAGCAGCAGGGGGAGGUGGGGUAAAGGAGGUGAGAAGGUGAGGAAGAGAAGAAGGCGUGCAGAAGGAGCCAGAGGUGGUGGUGGUGUGUGCGUAUUUGUGCGUGGAGACACAGGAGGAGGUUAUGACCGUGUCUCUUCACCUGGAUCUCGGGCUGAUGCUGCUGCUCCUGUUGGCCUGCUGGCAGACCCCGGGGAUGGUUGGAGGAACUGUGCCAGCAGCCCCGGUGAAUGUAUCGGUGACCCAGCUGAGGGCACACUCGGCCAUGGUGACCUGGAAUGUUCCUCAGGGAGACACCGUCAUUGGAUACGCCAUCUCACAGCAGAGGCAGGACGGCCUGAUGCAGCGCUCCAUACGAGAGGUGAACACGUCCAGCCGCUGGUGUGUGCUGUGGGACCUGGACGAAGACACACACUACAGUGUCCAGGUGCAGUCCGUUGGGCUGCAUGGUGACAGCCCACCCAGCCGUGCCGUCCACUUCAGGACUCUGGAGAGGACCGACCAUUAUCCAGCCGGAGUCCUGGACCACCAUGAGCCAGCGAUGGAGGGUCUGGGUAUGACUCCACAACUGGAGACUGGAGAGCUGCUGAUCAUCACCACUGUGCUGUUGCUGUGGGCAGCCGUCAUCGCCCUUUUCUGCCGGCAGUACGACAUCAUCAAAGACAACGACUCCAACGGCACCAAGGAGAAAGCCAAGCGGCCGCUGGUCCGAGCCACUUCCUCUUACUACAAUGCCUCAGCUGGCAGCUCGCCCAUCUACCACAACGGAGCUGUCCGCAGCAGCAGGGUGACUUAUUUACUAAAACUUCCUCCUCUUCCUCCCCUCUUCGUCUUGCUGCAGAAGUCCUCUAUAAUACACGCUCGCUCCUGGCUGCCAGGAGUAUUUUGUUUCCUCUGUAGAGUCUUUGUAGUUGCAUCAGAGAUCUCCUAGCAACUAGAGCUACUGCCAUCGCAGCUAAAUAUAAAACAGCCGGGCUGAAAACAGAGAGGAGCGCAAACGCUCAUUCAGUUGUUGCUGAGCAUCUCCUCAGUUAAAGUGAGCAGGCAGACGAUUUGUUUUUGUUUUUGCACAUGCGAGCAGCUUUAAUUAGACACACCAGCUACAGGUGUCCUGAUUGCAGCGCCCCCUAAUGGCCACAUUUCAUUUAUCACCCAUUUCGUCAUCUGCAAGAUUACUGGUGCAGAGAAUAACAUCAGAUAGAAGAAGAUUUCUUCACUUGCGGUGUUGAGUAGAGAAAGCGAGGCUGCACGUUAAUAGAAUAAGGAACUAUCCAGCAGCUUGAAUCCG